AUGUCCGGCGGGGCUCCCUGGUCAGGCACGCUUGGCCUCUCCGCCCCGGACCUGGCAUUCCGUGCCUCAGUCCCAGGACUGCACAGACGCCCUGAGCCCCCUCACCCAGGAGCCCCCUCACCCGGCAGCCCCCUCACCCGGCAGCCCCCUCACUCAGGAGCCCCCUCACCCGGGAGCCCCCUCACUCAGGAGCCCCCUCACCCAGGAGCCCCCUCACCCGGGAGCCCCGGCCGCAGCCAGGGAGGCGAGGACGCUGCGUGUGGCCUCCGAGCGGCCUCCAGCUGCUGGCCUUCUCUCCUAGCUGGUCCCCGAAGGACGCAGGGAGGCUUCACCAAAUUUGGAGGCGAAGGCCGGGCUGCCCGCCCGCCUCCCUGGGCAGCCCUGCCGGCCUCGGCCAGCCCGAGCUCUCUCCAAGGGCGAUGCAGAAAUAAACAGAGGGCCGGGCUGGGUCUGCUGUGGAGGCUGCCCCGGGGGCCGGGCGCUGCCAGGUUCCCUGCCAGCCCCUCCUGCCUCCUCGCCAGGCCCCUCAUCUGCGCCUUCCUGUCCUCCUGCGCCCCGGAGGACGGAGAGCCUGGAGGUCCGGCGGGCCUGGGAUGGAGGGAGCGAGCCGGGCCCUCCCCACCGUACAGGAAAGGAAAGGGAGGCCUAAAGGGGCCCCCCGAGUUUGGUGACGCUGGCAAAGGAGCACCACAAACGCCGCCCCAGCGACCGUCUCACACUCGCAUCCACAAGUGUGUCUCGCCGACGGUGUGCGUGCGAGGCUCCCCGGAGCUGGGAGGACCACGUAGCACGGGAAAGGGGAGCCCAGACUAUCGGGGGACACGCCAGCCGGGGGGCCACUAG